AUGUUAGUAAGCAGUAGAAUGGCUUCGAUACCUUGUUCACCUCGGCAUUCAGCAUCUAAUAUGAAAGAUCUUCAAAAUAUACUUCAAAGUCCUCUUAUUUCAUACAUAUCACCAUCAACAACACCUCCAUUACAAUAUUUUAAUAUGCGUGUUACUGAACGGCUACAUCGUUAUCGUUCAUUAAAGCGACAUUGGCAUGAUGUAUCAACAGCUGUUCAACACGAAUCUUCUUCACCUUCAAAAUCAGAUUCUCCAUUACCUAUUCUCGAUACUACACCAUUAACACAAGAACAAACUAUAGAACAAAAAGUUAGUGAUGUAAAAGAUUAUAUUACUCCAACAACAAUAUCAAUGAAAGAAAAUAAUGAGAAAAAUUCCAAUGAAAUUAAUCCAUUACAUUCACGAAUACAUCAAGAUUUAAUCGACUUACGAAAAUUAAUUAAGACUAGAGAAAAGAGACAUAUCGAGCUCGCAUUAGUAAAUCCUGUAUUCGAUGAUCAAGAAACUAAUAAUGCAACAAAUAUUGGAAGAUCAUCUUUAAAUAAAGUUAAACUACACGAUCGUGUGAAAGUUUCCGGUUGCCAAAUGCGCCCAUCAACAUUUCCACAAAGUAAUUCAAUAGAUAGGACAGUCAUUAAUACAAAUAAUUCAUCAAAUACUUCUUCACAAAAUUCAAAACCACAACAAAAAAUCAAAGAAAAAGUUCAUAGUAAAACAUUUAGUAUUUGUCGUAGUCGAAUCCAUGCUUCUCUUUCUUCUGACUCUGUAAUGCAUGGUACAAUUUCGUCGAAGAAAAAGCCCAACACACCACCUAGGAUAACUUCAAAUACGAAUUUAAAACAAACUCAACCUUAUCGUCUUCCUAUGCCACUAGUAAUGAAGAAGAAAGAAUCAAGUUUUAUUAAACAAGGAACUCCAUUACCACCUAUUCGGCGACCAUCAAUCACUGAACAAGCAACAACAUGUUCAUAUAACUAUGCAGCAUCAACUUCAUCGGCAACUCCACGUUCUAUGAAAAUCAAUCGAAAUCGAUCAUUAUUACCAAUACUUCUAACAUCAGUUUCUUGUAUCGGUACUCAGCCACAAGAAAAUCAUGAUGAAACACAAGAAAAUAAUGAUGAUGAUUAUUAUAAUUUACUUCACUAUAAACAAUUAAUAAAUCAUUUACCAAAACCAAUUAUAUCAAUUCGUCCGCGAUAUAAUCAAGAUGACUAUGGAAUAUUAUUUGAACAAAUAGAUCAUAUCCGAGAAACAAUGCCGGAUUCACACGUUUAUGAUAAUUACACACGAAUUUGUUAA